AUGAAAUUUCUUAUUGUUAAUGGUUAUCAUGCUUCUCGGAACAACUUUAAGUUAAUUGAAUAAUUCAAGUAAUUAAUAUGGGAUGUAUAAAAAUAAUUAAGUUAGAUAACAUAAUCAUUAAAAGAAGUUGCGGAUGUUGAAUUCGAGUUUGUUAUUGUUGAUAGGCAUUCAGUAUAAGAAUAUCUAUUUGAACCUGAAACAUCAUUAGUUAGACCAGAACAUGGAUUGAAAUUUGAUGCUCUUGACAUGAUUUUCAUAGCUGCAUCACCAAAUGUUCGUCCAUGGCAUCAUAGAAUGAGAAGUGUAAAUGAAUGUCAUUACAUAAGAUAAUCACACUUAUUCGAAUGUGUUUAAAAACAAAAAAACUAUUAUUUAUGACAUCUUUUGGUGCUUAAGCGCUUGCAUAUUUAUGUGCCACAAACAUUUAAAAUGUAUAAAAUAAUAAUAAUUAAUUGUAUAGUAUAUUAAUAUAACAAAUGGAUAUGGUGAAGGAUGCAAGCUAGUAGAUUUUCCAAAAUUUACAAAUUAAGCAUUAAAAAAUGGAUCUGAUGAUUUCUUUUUAGAUUCAACUACUGGUGAUCUAUAUUUCUAUAGUAAAUAAACUGAUGAAUGGAUGCCUAAAUCUAAUGUCGGUAUUCAUCAUCGUAGAGAUGCUAUGGAAUAUUAAUCUAUUGGUAAAUUUGUAGUUAAAUCACCAACUUAUAAACCUAAAUAAUAAAUGCUUAGUAAUUAAACUGAGAUGACCUGUAUUAUCAAAAAAUAAUUUUUAAAUUUUUGGUUGUUCAAAGAUGUUUAAAUGGAAUUCUCAAUUAAAUAAUCUAAUGCAUGGGAUAUACAUACGAUAACAUUCGUUAAUCCAGAAAAAGUUUAUAUUUAUUUAUUAUUUAAUAGAGAUUUUCAGUUUUAGCUGAAAAUAAUUUUAGAGGACCUUUAAUUUUGUAAUGUGAUAAUAUUUUAGCCUUGCUUUUUGAAAUAGAAAAUAAAUCUAGAGAUCAAAUCAACAUUAUUUCAAAUUUUAUUGAAAAUGGAAUUAAAACUAUAAGGUAUUCAUCACAUUAUGUAUAAUUUAUAAAAUUAUUUAGAAUUAAAUAAGUAUUACCUUUGAAAAAUAUUUUAACACCUAAAAAGGUAUUAAAAAUAUAGAAAUUAUAUUUGACAAAACUGUGAAAAAAACUAAUAAAUUAGAUGAUUCCAUCAAACCUAAAAGUAUAGAGUAUAGAAAACUUAUUAAUGCAUAAAUUUAAGAAUAAGAAAGGGAAAAACUACAUGCUAUUUAAGCAGGUCUUUCUAAUAAAAUUAAUAAAUAACCAGAGUAUUUAUAUUUUCAUUUAAAUUAGAACUGUGUCUCAUAACAAUAUUAUGUAAAAGAAUUAUAAAGUUAAACGAAGAAAAUCCUUUUCUUUAAAGUAAUAGUAACUUAUGAUGCUUUCUUAAUAAGUUCAGAAUCAUGAAUUUCUUCAAUAAAAUCCUAAUCUAAAUAAUUUAUUUAAUGAUUAAUAAUAAAUCAAAAGUAGUAGACAUAUUAAAAUGAAUACAGAACCAAAACCUUAACCUCGAAUUAAAUAAGAUGAUGAUUUUGACAAUGAUUAGAAAGCCCAAAAAAAUCAAUUUAAUUAAAUUUAAGUUAGAAAAAUAUUACAUCCAUCUUUAGAUGAAUAAUUCUUAGGAUAGAAAAGAAUUUGGAUUCCAGGAUUCUUGAAUUAUAAAUUAAUAGAUGUCUAAUCUGGUCUUACUUCAACAAGAAAAGGUAGCCGGCCUUUAACUGAUCGCUUUUGA